AUGGUUCGCAGCGACCCUUAUCAGAUGGGGCGCAUGGUGCUGGGCAAGCGCUGGCACGUGUGGCCUUCACCGAUAGGAAACCAACACCAUCCGGGGGUCAAGAAGAGACAUAUCCGGGCAUGGUAUCUAGUAGACAAUGCCUGGCAUGAGCACAUCAUGGUUUCGUCAUGGCCUCGACACCAAUCUGAUUCCUCAAUGAGCCCUUGCACUCUCCUGCCCUGUUGUGUCUGCUGCGACACCCAUCAUGCAUACCCAGACACCAACUUUGCACGGCCCCCUUCACUUCCCGCUCUAGGUCAUGACUUGCAGCACCACCCUCUGCCUCUGGUUGGGUGUCGAGAGCGGCUGUACCUGCAGCAGGCAAUAGACCAUGCUGAACGAGAGGGUCGGGGCAAGACGGGAACGACCAAGGAUACGACCGACUUUCGGAAGCCGGCUAGGUUUAGGGACCGGCGCCAGUGGCAUGGUGCAUGGCAGAUCUGGGGUAGACUUUGUUGGGGUGUUUGGUGUUGCUCGCAAACAACCAGAAACCUUACAUUUAUUUUCUGGUGUCGGGAGACUCUGGUAGUGGUUGUCUUGGCAAGGGCGGGACAAGCCCUCGCCCGCACAAGUCCCGCGCGACGCCGGCAGAGUUUUCACAAUGGUACCUGUUCGAGAUUGUCGACGCGGCACAAGUUCCGCUGCCGCCUGUACCAGUCCCAAACACGAUGGCCCGACGGGGGGCAGACGGGAUGGAAAAUUAUUGGUGACAAUACGAUUAUGAAGGCACAAGCAAGCAGUAUGCGCCUCACCAGACAGCCACACAUGUGCUACGUUGAGCACGUCUAUCACCGGCCGUGCCGCCACUGGGGGCGCGAUCAGUUUGUUGGCGACCCGUGCUGCAGGUCUCGGUUUGCCAACGGCCAUCCUAUAGCCUGCACCUAUGCCGAGAAGAUGGGGUCGGUUAACAGCAAUGAGCUUUGCCCGGACUGCAGAUACCGGCUAGCCAGUGGUGGGGCAUCGCGACCGUUUGCUGGUGUUGCUGCGGUCCCGCAGGCUAGGAUCGACGAGAAGCUGUACGGAAAGCUGGAUGGAACAUGA